CCACAAACUACCAAGACUCUGGUAGUCGCUGUCGCUCCUACAGUUCUUGUCAUGGCCUUGUUGUUGUUUUCAUCGAACCGUACUGAACCCUUUCUUUCAUCAUGAUAUUAAAAUUUAUAUUCAGUUGAGAUGUUUAUGCAUACUGCAUAUGUACCCAAAGCAAAAUGACAGAUUUAAAUGAUGACCAAGGACUAGACAAUCAGCAAUACUAUGAGCAAAUACUCCGUUAUCUUGAGGAUCCAACACAAGAAAACAUCAAUACAUCAUGGGUCAAAAUACAAGCUGCAAAUUACUUUUUAAAAGAUGGUGAGUUGUUCUAUGGUAGAAGAAGGCCUCGAAAAGUUGUCCUUGAUGAAGAAGCCAAAAUUGCAAUUUUACAACAAAUUCAUGUUGAUGGCACUAAAGGUUUUCAUAAUGGAGUUAAAAAAAUGCAUCGUAUUUUGCAGCAAAAACUUUUUUGGAGAUACUCCUAUAAAAGUAUAUCUGAGUAUGUUCAAAACUGUGCGAUAUGCAAAUCAAAUGCUUCACCAAUAUUUACUUUUGAAAAACCCCACAAAGUUCUUACUCCUUGGAAUGAAAUAGAGUUUCAUCAAUUGAAGCCAAAUCAAUUAUCUGCAGAAAACUACUUACUUUUGAUAAUUUAUGACCCAGCAUCAUCAUGGGUUUCAGCAGCAGCAGUAAAACCUUGCUCUUGUGAUGUGGCUGAAUUCUUGAUUGAAAAUUUUUGUAAUUAUGGUGUAGCUUCAUGCACUGUGUAUGGAUUGAAUUCUUUUGAAUUCGUCGAAUUAAAAGAAGAGUUUACCAAAUUGACAAGCAUCACUGAAAUAGCUCCCACUAUUGGUGGUGAAAAUCUCUUGAAGUUUUCAGAGAAAGAAUCUGCAGAGUUUGAUGCUUAUCUAAAGCCUAAGAUAGAAACGUACUUACAGAAUCAUCCUGAUGAUUGGAACAAUCGAACUGCAAUUCUCGGCUGGUUAUGGAAGUUAAGAAAUGAGAUGGUGGAUAAUACGAUUGCAUUAGCUACCAUGUCAAAACACCGUUGCUCUAGGAAAAGUAACGCUGGAAAUCCUCUUUUAAAACCAAGAAAGAAAACCAAACAAUCCAGAUUUUCCCCGGACGGCAAACAUUCUAAUUCAAACGUUGCCAUACAGUUACAUACAUCGUGUAAUGAAGAACGACUGACAAGAAGUUCAAAUUUGAAACUUCGGGUUUCACAAAAUCAUAGUGCAAGCAUUCAGACAGAAAAUGCAUCCGGAAAUUACUCUGUGGACAACAGGGCUACUACUUCAACGACCGUCGCUGCUGUCCGAGCUUUAAUCGCUCAAUCAAAGGAAGCACGGAAAUCGAAAGAAGAACGUCAGAAACGGGGCGAAUAUAAUUCUUAUACACCUGAAAUAAGAGAAGCAAUCGCUGUUCAUGCUUUACGACAUGGAACCCAUAGUGCCGCUCGCACUUUCAGUACUUCUUUAGGCUUUUCAGUAAGCUACAGUAGUGUCAGGAAUUUCAUUCAAGCUCAUCAUGCAUUUAGCUCUCAGCUGAAGUUAGAAAUUGGGCGGUACGCGGCAGAGUGCGGGAUUGAUGCCACCCAAAAACUUUAUACUAACAAGUUGAACAAACCAAUUAGUACUGCUUUAAUUAGAAAGUUUCGUCGUAAUUACCUCCGAAUGACCCCAGCCAAUCAAUUAGAUCAUCACAGCGGAUCUCGAAAGUCUACUUCGGCAGUGCGUCAUUUGUUCUGCACUUCCGUUCGAGAAGAAAUUGGGAAAUACGCCGCAAUUCAUGGCGUUCAGGCAGCUGUUCGACACUUUAGUGAUAAAUUGCAGUUUGCCGUUAAAGAGAGCACGGUGCGAAAAUUCAAAAAAAUCUUUGGGCCUCCUGCUGUACAGCAUCGUUCACAAUCAACAGCUCCUACUAUGCCUCCACCUUCUCCACCACCUUUAGCUCACCCUCACACUCCAGCAGUCCCUGUUCCUUCUUCUUUAUCCGUACUACAACAACAAACAACGGAUCCGAAUUAUUAUCAUCAACCUUAUGGGCAUUACACCAAUACCCAUAUGUAUGUUAGUCAACAGCCAGUCAACAACUAUCAUAACCAUCAUCAAAAUAUGUACAAUGUUAUGUCCCAGCCAGUUCCACCUUAUCCCUCAUAUAGUUCUUUGCCCCCUCCACCCCAGUAUCAACCAUCUGUGCCUGUUCCGUUGCCAGCAUAUUCGAGAAACUGGAGUGAAGAGUGCUCUGACGUUUCCACACCUGUGCUUCAUCAGUCUUCUGAAAAUCCUUCUCCACCUACUUGUCUUACCAUUCCUAGACCUUCUUCUCCAGCAACUGCCCAUCCGCUUCCACCCCUUCCUCCUCCGCCACUACCCCCUCCCCUCGAAUUAAACCCAACUAGCAGAAUACCCGUUGGACAAGAGAAAAUUACAGAGAAAAAAAAGAAAACCAAGAAGUCUGAGCGAGGAAGCUAUGCCACCUACUCUCCACAAUUUCGUUUAGAAAUUGGACGAUUUGCUGUUGAAUACGGUUGCCAAGAGGCCGCUGAUUAUUUUAAAGAAAGAGUUGGCCAUGAAAUUCCAGAGAGUACUGUACGAGGAUUAAGGGAUAAAUAUGUUGCUCAGCAGAAAACUUCCGGAGAAGAGGUCUCGAGCUUGAAUGUACUUCCCCGCGGGAGACCACUUCGCCUAGGUCCUCACGACGAAGCCGUUCAGGAAUGCAUCCGUGAGCUGAAACGAUCGGGAGAGCGUGUUAACGCUUUUGUGGCCAUGGCAACUGCUCGUCAAGUUCUCCUUCAAAAAGAGCCGUCAUUAUUGACGGAGUUCGGCGGACCUGUGAAAUUGACAACAAAUUGGGCAAAAUCCUUCUUGAAACGAAUUGGGAUUAAUAAGGAAAAUAGUUCUCAAAAUAAUGACAGUUUGGUUGAUCCGCCAACCCAAAAUGACUGAAAAUUAUAUCAAAUAAAGAGUAACACUAUCUGGAAUACAUUUUUGAUUAAUAAACGGAAUCUUCCGAG